AUGUCUAGAAACUUAGAAUCCGGUGAUUAUCCUCGUCUUUGGAAAGAUAUCCAGUCCUUCAAUCCCAAAACCAAAAAGCUGUCACAGAGAGUAGGGAAAGCAGUCGAUGACCAGGCAAUCGCAAGUUGCUCUCCUAGUGGCCUUCACGGCCCUGCUCUUCUGAUCUUUGAAAGCGGUUUUGGAGGGUUUGGAAGUUUCGGAGGUGGUUUUGGAGGUCUCGGCUCUGGAGGCGGCUUCGGCCACAGGCCAUCUGGUGGAGGCUUUGGUUAUGGAGGCUUCGGUGGAGGAUUUGGAGGUUUCGGACGCAGGCGUUACGGAUACAGAGGAUAG